GACACGACCACGAAUCGCCAACUGAGCACCCACCAACCGCGACUUGCCGUUAAAUUAAUAGGCCCAUCCCUGCACCCUGCAUCGCCAUGCAAGCUGCAGCUAGAUCAGCCACAGCUCAUCAGAGAACUUCAGAACAAGACCUAAAGCAAUCGCACCGAUCGACUCCAUGGCCUCUCGCUUGUCCAUGCUCCUGCUCAUCCUCGCAGCCGCAGCCACCACGGCCCCAGCGCAGAAGGAGACGCGGCUGCGGUUGUACUGGCACGACGUGUGGAGCGGCGGAGCUAACAACGCGACGGUGGCGCAAGUAGUCCGGCCACCAGCCACCAGCCCCAACGCCACGAGCUUCGGCAGCGUCUACGUCAUCGACGACCCGCUCACCGAAGGCCCCAACCUCACGUCCUCCAGGCUCCUGGGCCGCGCGCAGGGCGUGUACAUCAGCGCCGGGAAGGACAGCCUUUCGCUGCUCAUGGCCAUGAGCUUCGUCUUCGUCGACGGGGAAUACAACGGCAGCAGCAUCACCAUCGUCGGGCCCAACCAGGCCGACAGGCGCGUCAGGGAGAUGCCCGUCGUCGGCGGCACCGGCGCCUUCCGCUUCGCCCGCGGGUACUGCCAGCUGCGGACGCACUGGUUCGACGCCAGCACCGGUGAUGCCACCGUCGAGUACACCGUCCAUAUCCGCCACGACUGAAUGCUGUUUUAUUGUUUCUCUGAUCCAUUUCUGGCCGUCGACACUGUGAUUAAUAAAAUCCGGAAGACCUUGAUACCGCCAGGGCCCUUGGCCAGGGCAUAUGGAGAUUAUUUUGUGGUGAUUAUGAUUAAUAACUUGAAAAGAUCAACAGUCACAGUAUGAAGCCAGGAAAAUUCUUUUAUCCA